UAAUUCAGUUCAUCAAAACUUGCUCAUGCCUGGUUACUCUUUCAGAAUGGUAAACAAGUUAUGACAGAAACACGGUACCUGGGUUUAGAAAAUCAGGAAUACCCAGCAAAAUGACGAGCUUAGACAUUAUCAUGAAAGCAGUGGAUGACCUGUACAGUUUUCGAGAUCAUUUUGUGGAGAAUCAUGGGAUUGAGAAGGCAGCUCAAAAGACAGAGGAAGUCAGCAAGCUCAUGAAAGAAACUCUGAAAACUUUAGAAACUCAUAAAGACAACAUCAAGGACAAGGCAGUGUUUUACAUGUUACAGGGUAAGACACUUAAUGUCCUACCAACUCAUAGUCCCGAGGCUGAGGAAAAUCUGUCCAAAGCUGUCAAGCUUGAUCCCAAGCUUGUGGAGGCAUGGAACCAGCUCGGAGAAAACUACUGGAAGAAAGGCGAUGUUCCUUUAGCCAAAAACUGCUUUACAGGGGCCUUAAAUCAUGCAAAGAACAAAAUAUCUUUACGUAAUUUGUCUAUGGUGUUGCGGCAAAUUGGUGGUAACCCAUCAGAGCGAGCUAAACUUGUAGAGGAGAGUGUGGAGAAAGCUAAAGAAGCUGUACAGCUGGACAUACAGGAUGGCAGCUCAUGGUUGAUUUUGGGUAAUGCCUAUAUGUCCCUGUUCUUUGCUGUUGGUCAGGCAUCACAAGCUCUGGAUCAGAGUAUGAAGGCUUACGCACAAGCAGAGAAAGAUCCAGUGGCGAGAGACAAUUCUGACCUACAUUUUAACAGAGCAGUGGCUUACAAAUACGAGGAGAAUUACACGGCUGCUUUGUCGGGAUUUUCCCGGGCCUCUCAGUUAGACCCCAGCUGGCCUGACCCCCAGACUCACGAGUCACACCUCUUGACUUUCCUCUCCAACGUCAGAGAACUGACACAAUCCAAGGGGAAGAUUAAGCCAAAAAAGCUUCAGUCUAUGAUCGAGAGCAUAAAACCCUCUGACCUUGGACCUUAUGGAGGAGGAACCUACACCAGCCCUCUUGGGAAAUCGGUGGAUUUAGUCAAGUGUAAAUUCAGUGACCUGAAGCCAGAGGUCAACCAGAACAAAGUCAUCCUGGGCAAGGUCGUUUGUACCAUAACCACCAGUCAACCGGUGCCAUUCUCGUUUUGUAUGGUGGAUGAAGAGGAGACCUGCCUACCAGUCACAGUGUACAACAUGGCCCAGGGGUGUGGGGUGAAAAUUGGUGACAGUGUGGCUAUCCCUGAACCCUACCUUCAAGAUGUCAAGGUCAACCACAAAAAUCAGAAGUUUGAAUUCAGCAGCAUUCGUGUUAACUCGCCAUUGGUGCUCGUUGUAAAUGGGAAAAAGUUUGGAGUUGACAAACAAGCACCUUCUGUUUUAGCCGUACAUACCAUGUGUGAAUGAUCUAAGCAGACAUUGAUCCAUCUCAUGAUCUGUGUGUGUAUGUGUGUGAAUAAAAAGUGGCUUACAGCAGUUUAUUGACAAUUCUGACCAACAUUGAAACAACAUAAUGUUCAUUGAAUUCCCAAGAAAGCAUGUAUACCUGUUGAUAAUAAUGAAAGUUAGCUUUUGCUUGAUAUAAGCUUCAUAUCAUAAGACUAAAUUUUCAUCAUUAAAUGAUGUUUUACUAAAA